UAAAUACUAUAUUAAAUAAUAUUAAAUAAUGCCUACAAAUAAAUACUUAUAAUAAUAAUAUAUGUUUGAGCAAUAUUUGAUACAUUGAAGAACACAAACUUUGAAAUGUAUGAUUAUAUGUUCAAAUAUAAUCUCAAAUUAUAACAAAUAGAAAAUAAUGGAAGAAAUUCGAAAAUCUCGUGUUAUUCUUGAAGAAUAUGGUAUACCAAAUGCUUCUGAAUAUACACAUUAUCAACCUCAACAAGAUUGGAACUUACAUAAUUUUAAAAAAGAAUUUAGAAUACAAGUUAUGAGAGAAUCUGAAGAUAAUAGAGAACUAGAAUUUGAUUUAAUAGGUUAUCCUGUUGGGUUUGCUAAUGCAUUUCGUAGAGUUCUUUUGAGUGAAGUACCAACCAUGGCUAUAGAAAAAGUUUAUAUUGUGAAUAAUACAAGUUUGAUUCAAGAUGAAGUUUUAGCUCAUAGAUUGGGUUUAAUACCACUUCGAGCUGAUCCAAGAUUAUUUGAAUAUCCUUCCUCUACUGCUAAAGAUCAAGAUGAAGUUAGUGAUCAAGAUACAUUAAGAUAUGAACUUAAAAUAUCAUGUACUUGGAAUUCUCAAGCACCUAAAGAUUCUCGAAGGACAAAUGAUAUGUAUAGAAAUAGCAAUGUAUAUAGUAGAGAUAUUAAAUGGGUUCCUAUUGGACAUCAAGCAGAACUCUAUCCUCGAGGAACAGAACAAUUAGGUGUUUUAGAAAAUGAUAUUUUAAUAUGUAAAAUGCGUCCAGGACAAGAAAUUCAUGCUUUUAUGCAUGCAGUUAAAGGAAUUGGGAAAGAUCAUGCUAAAUUUUCUCCUGUAGCACAGCUUCAGGAUAAUCAACCAAUAACAUUAAGCCAAAAAGAAGAGAAAAAUGCACAAAAGAUACACAUAGCUAUUUAUUAUGAAGCACUAUGUCCAGAUUCACGCAGUUUUUUCAUAAAACAGUUAUUACCAACAUAUCACAGAAUUCCAGAUAAUGUACGAAUAGAAUUUAUACCAUAUGGAAAAGCUAUGACAUUGAAAACAGAAGAUGGAUAUGAAUUUAAAUGUCAACAUGGACCUAUUGAAUGUGCAGCAAAUAUUAUUCAUGCAUGUUCUAUAGACAUUUUAAAGAAUUCUUCCAUUAAAUUAGAAUAUCUAUCUUGUAUGAUUAAAAAUAACAUGAUACCAAAAAAGAUCAUGGAAACCUGUGCAAAAAAAAUGAAUAUAGAUUAUAAUCCUAUAUUUAAGUGUUAUAAUGAAGAAAAAGGUAAAGAACUUUUGGCUGAAUAUGGAAAAUUAACAAAUGUUUUAAUACCAAGAAUUUCUUUCAUACCAACUGUUAUAAUAAAUGGGAGUUCAGAGAACCAGGCAAGGAUAUUAAAAAAUUUACUACAAGAAGUAUGCUUACAUUUUAAGAUUAUUCCAGAAGGUUGUAUACCAUAAAAAUAUGCAAAGAAUUUACAAAACAUUAAAUUUUCCUGACAAAAUUGCAUGAAAUAUAAUAUUUUUUACAUAAAUUUUUAUGUAUUUAAUGAAUGUAAAGAUUUUUAAAAAAUGACUUUUACCUUUUAUUAAAAAAAAAAGUUUUUAUUAUUAAAA